UCGCCAGCCCCAGCAGUUCACUUGUUUGUCAGCUGUCAGGGGCGAAAGGAGUAAGGGGAGAGACAGCUGCUGUCCAGCUCUUCCGAAGGUUUCUGUUCGUUUUUUAUUUUCGUUUUUUUCCCGUCUCAUAGUUGUGUGUUACGCGUAUGAUAAACAAAAGGAUAAUCAAGCCGAAGAGAACGAAGCGAACGAGUCGGUGCAUUCGGCGACGUUAACCAUGCGCAGCAACUUUAUGGUGAAGAGUUCGAAUGAAGUGACAUUAUUAGAUAAAAAAGAUACAUGUUGGGCCGCGGAGUGAAGCGCAAGCUGAGUGACUACGAGGAGCCGGCGGCGGUGACGGGGACGGUGGCGGGGGCGGUGACGGCCGGCGGGGCGGAGUCCCCGGCCCCGGACCUGCCCUACACGCAGCAGCGGCAGCUGGUGCUGAACCUGUGCCUGAACAAGCUGCAGAGCUGCCACACGCGGGCGGAGCCCAGCCUGCACCGCGCCGUGCUGCUGGCCAACACGCUGCGGCAGAUCCAGGAGGAGAUGCGUCAGGAAGGGGGGGAGCCGCCCGUCGCGCCCGCCCCCUCACCCCCGCCCCACGCCGCCACGCCCCUGCACGCCCCCGAGCUGCCGCCCGUGCCGGCGGGCUGCCCCGCAGAACUGCAAGCGGAGGGGGCCGCAGAGGGAGGGGGCGGGGCCCCUGCCUGCCCGGGGUGCGCCAGGGGCGAAGGGCCGCGCCCCUCCUCACCCCCGGACGAUAUCCGGUCCCUGGACUCGCUCUUCGGCUCCUUCGAGAUCACUAACUCCACCAGCUAUCUCACGGACCUGGCUUUCGAUGACAUAUUCGAGGACAUCGACACUUCCAUGUACGACUCGUCCGACUUCUCCGUCUUGGCCUUCCCCCCGCCCCGGGCCGUUGGAGCCGCCGCCUCUGCGGACGACGGCCUCAAGUCCUUCUCCAGCUGCACCUCCUCGGCCAGCAGCCUGCAGCUGUGUCUGACGGACCUGAACGAUCUGGACCACAUCAUGGAGAUCCUGGUGGGGUCCUGAGCCACCUGGGCCACACUGUGGAUCCCAGAACCUAGUGCAGUCCCGACAGCCUCCCACUCUGCCCUCACACUAGUUUCACUGUCACACCUGUUCUUGGGGUGGGUAUAAUUGUUUUUAAACAGUAUUUAUUUUUAUACAAAAUACGCAAUAUAUUUAUACGAAAAGACAGACAUGCCUGAAGCGUACCUACUGUAGAAAAAAAAAUGCACGUUUGUUUGGAGACUCUGUGCAAUCUUUCUUACUUGUAUGAAAUGAGCUUGAACUCUCAAGGAGUGCAACAAUGACAUGAAAGUAAUAUCAUUAAUGGAUAUUUUACUGAACCUUCAAUUGUGUUUUACCGAGCUCCAGAUGCAGCUCCUCCAUUAAAUGAAUCAAAACGAGACAAAACUAGGCAACAACUUUAGGUUUUUCAAAUCAGAGUGACUUAUUUUUGUAAAGCGAUUUUUAAAUAAGUAUUUCUACAGCAUGGUGUCUUUUAACAGAUUUGAGCUUGUGGUGAAAUGGAUGGUUAUUGGCUCAUUAGACGGAUGAGACUUGCUCUACCUCUUCUUGGUCUGCCGUGAACACUCUUUGUUCUGGCAGCCGAAAGCUUUGGGUCUUUAUACAAACGCUGUCAUAUUCAGCGCUAACAGUUUAGCGGUCUUUGUUUCGUCUUUCCUGUUUUACGCUCAUUGAAGUGAUUGUCAGAAAUUCCAGCUAGCAGUGUUUGUCUGCAUGCAGGCAGUAUAAGCACAGCACAGUGAGAUUUUAGCCCAGGAGAUUGUUGGAAGGUCUAUAGUGCCCAUCCCAAGGGCAGUUUCAUCUAUAUUGGUAAAGCCCCUUCUCUCUCAGAACAAAACUAUGCCUGUGUGGUGGUGGAUGAGAGUUAUGAAUGUUAACAGAACUACAUCCUAUGCACUCACACAUGAAUACAGUUGUAUGUAGAGGAAUCUGUCUGCCUGAAUUUAUAAUUUUGUUAUUCUGGUUCUUAAAGAAGUCAUUGUUCCAGAUACUCAGCGCUGUAAUGACAUGUUUCCUCCCAGUCCUCAAUCACCUCUCACCUAAACCCUUCUGAGACUUUGGAAGCAGCUUCGGAAAGCUAUGAAAGAGAUUUCAGUGAGGUACUGGCGGUAUUCAUCUGAAUUCUGCAUCGUGUUUAUAGAGCGUUUGUGUUGUCGAGGUGUUAAAAAUAGGACUUGUUUAAAAACGGGCCAGCUCACUUACACAUAUUUAGAUCUGUGACUCGUCGGCAUGCGUUUAUGACCACAGUUGCUUUCACGUAAUCCCUAUGAAGGGAAACAACACCAAACUACUCUCAUUUUUUCUGCUGCUCUCCCACUCUGUUACCCCGGCACUUCAGAGCAGCACGGUUAUAACAGACGCAACGUCCCGCGAUUCGGCAGGCCGUGGUCAUUGGAGAAGACGGGGAGAGGCGGAGGGAGAAGGCCACUCUUGCUGUUGUCUAGUUGACGUAUUUGCUUGUAGAAAUGACGAUCCUCUUUACUAUUCAGACUCCAACCAGCCAAUGGGGCUCGUUAGCUUAGAAAAACCAGUUGAAGCAGCUAGGUGACAUUUCUGUCCUCAGAAAGGCACUUGCAUACCUGUUUUUGAUUUUAGCAGAUUCCAUGCGGCUUGUCUUUCAACAAGAUACAGAAUCACUAAAAGAACCCCUUUACACUAAAAGAACGUAUCUGUCAUUCAUUUACUCUUUAAGGUCAUUGUAGGUUCUCUACUUCACAGCUGACCUAAUUGUGAGCAAAUUCAGGUAGACAAAGGCAGAUGUUUCUAGGAUGCUUUCAUGGCUUGAUUUUAGUGCCCAAGAAUGGCUGAAGGAAUUGGGAGAACAGGCUGGACACCACAAAGAUGGUGGUGCCUAACAAAGUACUGAGAGCUCUGGCACACUCACUCUACCCCCCAACUUACCACAGCAGACCCACCCAUCCACUCUUUUUCUAUGCAGGAAUUACAGUUCUGCAUUUAAAUUGGGCCACGGUUUUUUGAUUGAGUGUUUUCACUACAGAUAGUGUUGUUAAAGACGGAAUACUGUAAACACAAAAAAAGUUUCAGACAUUUUCAUAUCCACAUUCUGUUGUCCUAUUACGGAGAAUUUUGGUGAA